AUGGAGCUGCGUUGCUUUUUAGCACACAUCAGCAGCCGUCCAAAUGAACAUCAUGUGGACUUCCCGUUUCCGCUGUCUGCUGCUAAGGCGCCAGUCUUAGGCAGGCACUCGCCAGAACUUUACUGGCAUCUUGGGAACAACCCCCGGUGUUCCCGACGAGUGAUGACAUUUGCUGUAGAGGCGAGUGAGAAGGAAACAUUCGACAGCGCAGAUGUUCAUCAUGCGGCUGCAACGCCAAUCCACCCACAGGUCGCCUACUGCCUUGUACUUACGUGCGUUGGCGAGAACCCCCUGACGGUCGUCCGCCGGGAGACCGUGGGAAACUGCAGCAGUUUGCAGGCGGUGGAGGAGAGUCGAACAACCGUUUUGUGUCGCAACGAGUCCACCAUCCUCCGAGUUGGUGAUAAGGUGGGAAUCAUGAACCGAGUGUGGAUGCAGGUUGUCCUGGCACGUAUUUGCGUAAGCGAAACAGUGAAGGGGCCACCGGUGGUGCAGGAAGCGGAUGAGGGAACGCAAUGUUAUUUGCCACCAGGCGAAUCGGAGUGCAUAGUCCCACUGCCCACAAUCUACACCAACGUACCUUGGAAGCGGCUUCGGCACCCUGUGAGGUCAAGGCUCAUUGGGGCGGCCGCGAGGCAGCAGCAGCGCGUUGUAACCGUGCGGUGCAGUCCCAUACUCGCAGCUCUGCCAAACACUCAAGCGCCAUUGGCUUUGAACGGGUCGUUAAACGCAUCGAUGGAUGUUCUCUCGAUUGAGCAUGAAGGGGAAUCGGAGGCAGCGGCAAAUGCGUGUGCAUCCGGUACCCGAACAAGCGGCUCCGGUGGUCGCGUCUCACCGAGAGUACAUCCCCGUAUGGAGUGUGAUUCAGCCAGUACGGCUGUUACAAACACAGAUCGCAAGUGGGGGACAUGCUCGACCUUCCUUGGAGACAGCCUCGAUGAAAAGUCGUUGUUAAAUUCGCUGGAUGAAGUGCAUUUGAAGAGGAGGCGUAUGUCUCUCGGUGAUGGGUCAAUCAUGGACAACCGCUCCACGACGUCGGUUCCAGACACUAACAGCUACAUGGAUACCCUUGACGAGCGUCUAAACGAGGAACUCUGCCGAUUGGAGAAGCGAACCGCAGAUGCGGAACAGCUUAUCUCGGGAAGGUCCAUGGCCGUUCUCGGUGGUAGCCCACCAGGCCACGCAAACGAAACCACGGAGAGGAAAGUAGGGGUUUCUAUUGCCACCACAGUUAGCAGGGACCAACUGCAGAUGAGCAGCCGCUUGAGCGGGCGCAAUCACGGACUGUCGGGGGCCAUCGUCCGGCGUCCCGUGCCUGCCGACUCGCAGGUUGUGUACUACCGCCACUGA